AUGUCGGAGUACGGAAGCGAGAUGUCCUACCGUGGGCCAGGCUCACCAGCCCGCUCUCAAGAGGAUCCCUCCCAAGCUUCUCAAUCCGUAAGGAGCAUGGCCUCUCCCACUUCCUCGCUUCGUUAUGGAUCUGAAAGCAACUUCUCGGCGACGUCCGGCUUCUCGACUCGCGGCACUAACCAGGCCCGUCAGGAUCUCGGAGUGGCGCCUCGUGACCAUAGACUUGUACAGGUGCAAGGGAUGCAAGAUGACCUCGUCGAUGAUCCGAACACUCCGAGAAUGUACAUCUGGGGCACGCGCAUCUGUAUCUUCGACGUACAACGGGUUUUCACCGAUUUCAUCACCAAGUACAACCCGAAGAAUGUCGAUGAGGACGAGGUGAUGCUCCGCGAGGCUGGGGGUGGCCAUCAUGAGAUCAACCACAAGGCUCCCUUUUACAUGCAACGCCUUUUCGAGAUUGACCAAACUGCGGAGACGCAUCUUGAUAUCAACCUGGCUCAUGUGAAAGAAUUCUCUGAUGCCCUUUAUCGCAAGAUCAUCGCGUAUCCUGGAGAUAUCAUCCCCUACCUUGACGGCGCGGUCAACGAGAUUUUCCAAAAGGAGUACAACCGCAACCUGCCCGGACAAAUCGAGGUUCGCCCCUACAAUGCCGACAAGACUCGUUGUAUGAGGAACCUGGACCCGGUCGACAUUGACCAGAUGAUCACGAUUUCUGGGAUGGUCACCCGUACCUCGUCCUUGGUGCCGGAAAUGCGCUCAGGGUUCUUCCAGUGUACAAUCUGUGAGGCCCCAGCCCCGGAAGCGGAAGUCGACAGGGGUCGUAUCACCGAGCCUGUGACUUGUUCCACUUGCUCGAACUCUCAUUGCUUCCAAUUGGUCCACAACCGCUCAAAGUAUCUUGACAAGCAGAUCAUCAAGCUUCAGGAGAGCCCUGAUGACAUGCCGGCUGGUCAAACUCCCCACACUCUCACCGUUUACGCCCACGGAAAUCUCGUCGAAUCCGUGCAACCUGGUGAUCGCGUCACAGUGACCGGUAUCUUCCGUGCCCAAGGAGCAAAGGCCAAUCCUCGGCAACGUGCGCUCAGUUCUGUCUACCGCACUAACAUCGAUGCCAUUCAUUUCCGUCGCACCGACACAUCGCGUUUGCACAAGGACAAUGGCGAAAGCCUUACCGAGGAUCGCAUCAACCAGAUCAAGGCCCUUAGCAAGCGCGAGGACAUCAUGGAGAUUCUGGCUAACGCCAUUGCUCCGUCGAUUUUCGGACAUAUGGACGUCAAGAAGGGCAUUCUCUGCCUUCUCUUCGGCGGUACUCGCAAGGACGAUGAGCGCACGCAAAAGACCAAGCUUCGAAGCGAGAUUAACAUGCUGCUCUGUGGUGACCCUGGUACUGCCAAGUCGCAGCUGCUGCAGUACGUAUAUCGUCUCCUGCCCCGCUCCCAAUACACUUCUGGAAAGGGCUCAUCGGCUGUCGGUCUGACGGCCAGCGUGGCUCGCGAUCCCGAUACCAAGCAAUUGGUUCUUCAAACCGGUGCCCUCGUUUUGGCCGACAAUGGUGUCUGCUGUAUCGACGAGUUCGACAAGAUGAACGAGGGAGCUCGGUCUGUGCUGCACGAGGUUAUGGAGCAGCAGACCCUUUCGAUCGCCAAGGCGGGCAUCAUCUGCCAGCUUCACGCUCGCACUUCAGUCCUCGCUGCCGCUAACCCCGUCGACUCGAAGUGGAACCGCGAUAAGACGAUUGUCGACAACAUUCAGCUGCCGCAUACGCUUCUCUCACGUUUCGACCUCAUCUUCUUGAUGGUCGACCCGCAAGAUGAAGCCUACGACCGCCGACUUGCCGCCCAUCUCGUUUCGCUGUACUAUCGCCGCGCUGGCGAGGAUGUCUCCGAGAAGUUGGACACCUCGUUGCUUCGUGAUUAUAUUGCGUAUGCCAAAGCCUUCGUCACCCCGCAGCUCUCCAACGAGGCCUCGCAGUUCUUGAUUGACAAGUACAUCAACAUGCGCAAACUGGGGGCUCGUCUUGGUCAGAUCACCGCAUACCCUCGUCAGCUGGAAAGCUUGAUUCGCCUUUCGGAAGCCCAUGCCAAGAUCCGUCUAUCCUCUGAAGUCUCGGUUGAUGACGUCGAAAAGGCUUACAAUCUUCACCGUGAAGCCCUGCGUCAAUCGGCUGUCGAUCCGGCAACUGGACGUGUUGACGUUGGAAUUUUGGCUGCAGGAAUUUCUACGAGCUCGCGUAAGCUGGUCGCAAAGAUUGUGGAUGAGGUGACGGCGUAUCUCCAGAAGGGAUCCGCCCAGAAUCUGAAUGCCAGGAACUUGUUCACAGCCAUGCAUCAGAUCGAUAGGUCCAUCAACCGUAACCUAUUCGAAGAAGCGCUGGCUGAGCUUAUGAAGAAGGAGACAAUUGUCCGUACCGGAGAGCGCAUCCGUUAUUUGCCGAAGCGCAGC